AUGGCGCAGGGCAAGAACAAGCGCAUGUCCAAGGGCAAGAAGGGCGGCAAGAAGAAGGCCGUCGACCCGUUCACGAAGAAGGACUGGUAUGACAUCAAGGCGCCGAGCAUGUUCUCCGUCAGAAACAUCGGCAAGACGCUCGUGACGCGGACGCAAGGAACCAAGAUCGCGUCCGACGGAUUGAAGGGUCGCAUCUUCGAGAUCUCGCUCGCCGAUUUGAACAACGACGAAGAUCAAUCUUUCCGCAAGAUGAAGCUCAAGUGCGAAGACGUGCAAGGCAAGAAUGUCUUGACCAACUUUGCCGGCAUGGACUUCACCACGGAUAAGAUCCGCUCGCUCGUUCGCAAGUGGUUCUCCCUCAUCGAGUGCUUCGUCGACGUCAAGACGACGGAUGGCUACUCCUUGAGAGUGUUCUGCAUCGGUUUCACCAAGCGCCGCAUCGACCAAGCCAAGCGCACGUGCUACGCGCAGAGCGCGCAAAUUCGUCGCAUUCGCGCCAAGAUGGUUGAAAUCAUCACCCGUGAGUGCACGACGUGCGACUUGAAGGAACUCGUCCUCAAGUUCAUCCCGGAGGUCAUUGGCAAGGAGAUUGAAAAGUCUUGCUCGGGCAUUUACCCGCUUCAAAACGUGUACAUUCGCAAGGUCAAGGUUCUCAAGGCGCCGAAGUUUGACCUCACCAAGCUCAUGGAAGUGCACGGUGACUACAGCAACGAAGCCGUCGGCCAACCGGUUGAACGCCCGGCCGAGGAGAAGAAGGAGGAGGCGACCGAGGCGUAA